CCCGGGCUCGGCCGCCGUCCGCCUGCCGGGCUGCGCGCCCCAGGCAGCUGCAGGAACCUGGGGUGCGGUUGCUAUUGUCGUCGGUAUGGCGCGGGUCUGUCCGCUGGAGCGGUGAAAUGUGUGCUGGUGCACCAGGGGUGGAGGCGAGUCCGGCAUACGAGAAGCACGAUCAGGGAAAUUCGAGUUCAGUGCAGUGUGAGGAUUUGCAGUCCUCGAGUAUGAGAAGGCGUGACAGACACUACUGGAAUGAAGCAGGAAGAGGAAUAUAAAAAACAGGAGAGACGAAGCGUAAAAUUGGUGAUAAAUACGUGAAGAAGCAGUAAAGGUUGAUAACAGCAUGCUUUAUUAAUAGGACUGUUACGAGAAGGAAGUUGAGAGGCAACUUUAGAAAACACUCCUUUAAAUUCCUGAGGAAUUGUGGCCCAGACAUUUUCACCUUUAAGGCACAGGCAUUCUCUUCUCCCAGAAGUUGUCGGGGAACAUUUUUCAAGCAUUGCAGCUUUCUUGUAUGUCCUGCUUGAGUGUGAUCAUUGGGUGUGUUUCACCAGUUCACCGGAUUUAGAAAAGUAUUUGGCUUCGAAUCCUAGCUUACAAGAGCUUGUGUUUUCUGAAUGUCUUGAAUUUGUGUUUUUAUUUUUUGUGUAUGUCUGUCCUUUUAAUCUUAUUCUUUGUACCAGUGAUCACAAAAAUUGCUGAACUCUCUCCUACUGUCUUUCAUUAUCUCCUCUAUUGUUUUUCUCUAGGUUAGUUCAUCAAAUAGAUUUUACUGCACUGACUUGGCAUUGCACAGCCAUAAUAAACCCAUCACAUUUUUAUUCUUUUUUCCAUUCCCCUCGGCUAUGUUCUUGGGAUCUCUGCAUAAUGUGAAAUACUGUAUCUUCCUAGAAUUGUGCCUGGACCUAAGUCUUAAAGAAGCAGCAUUGUUGGAAAUACAGCUGCUGUUGGGUAGAUGUUUAAAAUUAAUCCAUACGUCUUUAGAUUGAGCCAGGAAAUGUUAAGAGUGGGUACAGCUUGCAUCUAGCAGCUUAAUAUGUUCAGCUGCAUUCCUGCUGAUGAAGAGCCCUCAGGACAGGAGCACAAAUCUUAUACCUGCUCAGAGAUAUGGCUGCAAAUGUAUAUACUAUAAAAUUCUUAAAUAGGAAUUUUUAAAUACGGUGAUGUAAAGAAUUAUUUUUUUCUUUAGAUGAUUACUGUUCUCUUUCAGCCUCUGCUCACAUUCAGAAUUAUUGCUGAUACUUAUUUUGGGAAGAUGUACACUGUUCUAAGGAGUGUAUUCACCAUUUUUGAAUUAUCAUUCUUGCAUAUCUGUCUUUAUUCUGUCUUUAUUGCAUAAAGGUUUUCCUUUCCCUAAGUUUCUAAUGCUACGUUGGGGAAAAUCAAUGUCCGAUCCUAACUGCUGUGUUACGUUUCCUCUUUUUGUAUCUGUUUGGAUUUUUUUUUUUUUUUAAUAGGUAACAAUAUAAUUGAUGCAAGCCUAGGACGUUCUGUUUACAUGCAAAAGAAAGCAGUAGCACAGCAUCUGCAGAAAAGCAGACUAUUGAAAAGUGACUAUUCUGAAGUCAUGAACACUAAAACAUGAAGAUUUUGUGUUAGGUAGUUUUGUUUUGAAAGUGAAUUACCUACAAAGCAAGAAGAAUGUAUCUAUUUUUCACUAUGGGACAUAGGGUAACGAAGCCCAUAGUUCUGCUACUGUGUCCUUCUUACUGUAUCCGUGUUUCUGCUUGGCCUCCAAAACUUGAUGCACUUGUAGGAUUAUCUUUGCAUGGCAGGGGGAAGGUUCUUUUAGUUCUUCUGCUACAAGUAGGGGUUCUGCAAGCAUGCUCCCUGGCACCACUCGUCUAAAGGGGAAAGCAGGAAAUGUGGCAGGAUCAUUGAGAUACAAUAGUUGUCUAUCUCAUGAAUAAUAAAUCCAUGCCUUGCCAAGUAACCUGUACAUCAGCUGAAGAAUCAUUGGUUGAAACAAAAUAUGAUGCUUUGAAAUAAGGGAAAUAUUUAUAAUGUGUAAAUUUUCUUCUAAAAUCACUAACAGUAUCCUGUAUUGGUUGAAUUUCAUAAAAGGUGGAUGCUUAUGUGAUUCUUAAAUAUUUAGAUUCACUUUGAAUUAAGUAAGACUCUACCUGAAAUCCAGUAUCUAAUUGAACUUAUUGGGAACCUUUGUUGUGAGCAGGUUGCUCGCUAACUAUUUCUUGCAUAUUUUUCUGGAAUGUGGCUGUUCUAUUGAUUAUCAGUUACUGAGUCAUCUGCCACAAAUCUCUUCAGAGUGCCCACUCUGAUUUUUUCUUUAGUGCCUGUUUCAGAGUAGGUGGGAAGUGAGACAAAUUGUCAUAAUUUUUGAUAUUUCCUGGUUAUUAGCCUUUAGCACUGAGAUCCAAGAACCCACUGUUCUGGCUGUUGAACUGGAGACUGACUGUUCUUUAGUGAAUAUGUCCAGUUUUCCAAGACAUAAUGUGAGACAGCUGCAAUAGUCAAAUGCACUCAGAUCUAUAUUUCUGCUUUCUUGUUUUUCAGUCUUGCCAUGAAUGUCUGAAAUAUUUUAUUUCAAUCUGGGCAUGUUUAGUAUUGCUUGUCCUUCCAAGACUAUGUGCAAAGUUAUUCAGUGCCUUCAGGCAAGAAGGUAUGUUUUUUAUCCAUUGAUCAGAUAUUUGGCAGGAGAAAAAAUAAUAGUAUAGAAGAAGACUAAAAUAUUUCAGUAUUUAUUAGAAUGGGGAUUGUAAAUUGAGGAAAGAUAUCUAGGGCCUCUAGUGGGUAUUUCCCAAAGUAUCACAGAGCAGGAUCUUGAGUGGUGAUCCUGUUACAAGAUUUCUUGAGGCAAGAGAGAUCAGAUCAUCUUGAUUGGAAAAAGUAACCAGUAGUUUUACUGCCAUUCUUCUAGUCAUCAGAGAUACUUGUUAUAUGAAUAAAUGCAAGAAUGCAAAAUACCACAUUUUCUGCUAUUGUUCUCUACAACAGUAUUUUAUGAAGAUGCCAAGACACUUUGUGUUUGGGACAUAAGAAUGAAAAGAGAGAGCUUUAGCAUUCACAUUUAAAGAGGAGAUUUCCCACAUAUCAACUGAACAUCAUCUUGUUUGCACCUGAUGUGAGACUCAAGCAAGUAGAACUAAAAUAUACAUUGGGUCAAAGCUGUAGUGCCACUUAGUCUGCAAGUGCUUUGCUGUAGGGAGGAACAGCUCACAAGUGAGCAGUGAUGGACAGAGCAGGCUUAUUUGUGUGACAGCAGUGGAGUGCAGCACAGUCAUCAUUCCAAGGAAAGGAAGUCAUCUUUGACAUCUUGAGUGGCUUCAAACUUCCAGCUGUCUUAGCUCUGUGUUAAAGAAAAUGCAUCAUUGCUAGCUGAAUUCAGGAUGAAAAAUGAGCAGCUAGAUGGCUGAACAGAAAUCUUCACUAGUUUCCAACUCUUAGUGAAGAUUUUCAGUUUAGAUGAUGCAGUUUGUGUCACAGGUAUGUGUAAGUCAUAGCCUUAUUCCAAAAGAGGAAUCCUUGUCCACAAGCUGUCUUGUCUGUCCUGUGUAUGCAUGUUACCUGUGUGUCUUCAGUAUACUUGAUAUAGCAUGGUCUGUCAUCUUGUUUUGUUUUUAGAAAAGGUGUGCUGGCUUACUGGCUGCUCUGUUAGAGGCACAGUGUUAGUGGCAAACUGACAAACUGCAGGUUUUGAUAAUGAGUCUUUACCAAUUUAGAAUAGACUUAUAAAUGAUAUAAUGGCUUGGCUUGCAGUGGUAAAGUCCCAGGCAGAUUUAUAUAAACUGGGCUUAAACCCAUACUACUCUGUGAUUUUUACAUUGGUUUGACUAAAUUGCUUGUAAUAUAGCAUAGACUAACUAGCUUGAGUAUUGGUGAAAUCCAUGCAAAUGAGCAGGCAGUUUGAGUUCUUUGUCCUUUUCAGCACCACACCUCUAGGAGAUCUUGAAUGAGCAUGUGGAUGAGAGGAUGGGUGUUUGUUGGGUGUUUGUUGAAUAUCUGAUGUCAUGCUGGUGUGGUAUCCUUUGCAGGCUUUCCUUUGCAGAGCAUUUUUUUAAAUGCUUGCAUACUCUGUAUUCUCCCAGAUCUGGAUGCUGUCCUAAUUCAUAUAAGAACCCAGGCGUGGCAAUGGCAGAUUCUGCACGGUAGAGUUCAUGGCAAGUAUUUGUCUAAUAUAAGCCAAGCAAGACACAUACAAGGCUCAGAGUGAAGACUGGAACAGCUGGACAGAGGUGUGUAGCUGCAGCACAAAGAAAAUGAAUGGCACACUGGAUCACCCAGACCAACCUGAUCUAGAUGCUAUCAAAAUGUUUGUGGGUCAAGUCCCACGGAGCUGGUGUGAGAAGGAUCUAAGAGAACUUUUUGAACAGUAUGGUGCUGUCUAUGAAAUCAAUGUCUUGCGGGACAGGAGCCAAAACCCUCCUCAAAGCAAAGGGUGCUGUUUUGUUACAUUUUAUACCCGUAAAGCUGCACUAGAAGCACAGAAUGCUCUUCACAACAUGAAGAUCCUCCCAGGGAUGCACCAUCCUAUCCAGAUGAAACCAGCUGACAGUGAAAAGAGUAAUGCAGUAGAAGAUAGGAAGUUGUUUAUUGGAAUGAUAUCCAAGAAGUGCAAUGAAAAUGACAUUCGAGUGAUGUUCUCCCCCUUUGGGCAGAUUGAAGAAUGCAGGAUAUUACGGGGCCCAGAUGGCCUGAGCCGAGGUUGUGCAUUUGUGACUUUUACAACAAGAGCCAUGGCACAAACAGCAAUCAAAGCAAUGCACCAAGCACAAACCAUGGAGGGUUGCUCUUCUCCCAUUGUUGUAAAAUUUGCAGACACGCAGAAGGACAAAGAGCAGAAACGAAUUGCUCAGCAACUUCAGCAACAAAUGCAACAGAUCAGUGCUGCCUCAAUAUGGGGAAACCUGGCUGGUCUCAACACACUGGGACCCCAGUACUUAGCACUUUAUUUGCAGCUCCUUCAGCAGACAGCAGCUGCUUCAUCUGGGAACCUGAACACACUGAGCAGCCUCCACCCAAUGGGAGGACUGAACGCGAUGCAGUUACAGAACCUGGCCGCCCUGGCAGCCGCGGCCAGCGCAGCUCAGAACACACCGAGUGGCACCGCUGCGCUCACCUCCUCCAGCAGCCCCCUGAGCGUGCUCACCAGCUCAGCAGGUUCCUCACCUAGUUCCAGUAGCAGCUCUUCUGUUAAUCCAAUGGCUUCUCUUGGAGCUUUGCAGACGCUGGCAGGUGCUACAGCAGGCCUCAAUGUUAGCUCUUUAGCAGGAAUGGCAGCCUUAAAUGGAGGACUUGGCAGUGGUGGUCUCUCAAAUGGGACAGGUAGCACAAUGGAAGCCCUCACACAGGCUUAUUCUGGAAUCCAGCAAUAUGCUGCUGCUGCACUGCCCACGCUCUAUAACCAGAGUCUCUUAACACAGCAGAGUAUUGGUGCAGCAGGAAGUCAAAAAGAAGGUCCAGAGGGAGCCAAUCUGUUUAUCUACCAUCUUCCCCAGGAGUUUGGGGAUCAGGAUCUGCUGCAGAUGUUCAUGCCAUUUGGAAAUGUCGUCUCUGCCAAGGUUUUCAUUGACAAGCAGACCAAUCUAAGCAAGUGUUUUGGUUUUGUAAGUUACGACAAUCCUGUCUCUGCGCAGGCUGCCAUUCAGUCAAUGAACGGCUUCCAGAUCGGCAUGAAGCGGCUGAAAGUGCAGCUCAAGCGCUCCAAGAAUGACAGCAAGCCAUACUGAGCACACCUCCCCUCUGGGACUGGAGUGAGAAGGAUCUUCUGGUAAGUUGGAGAGGAGCACACUUAGUGAUUCGAAGCCCUAAGGCUGUGUUUUUACAGUCCUGGAAGCUGAUCCAUGCCUUCUAUCUGGCACAUCUUCCCUUGAAGACUCUGCUGCAGCCUCUGCUGAGAAUCCUGCUUCGGAUGGAGGACAAGUUUGUGCUUUUGUUUCCAGUGUUUUACUUUGGAGUUUAGGUGCCAUAUCGCUGAGGUUUUUUUUUUUGUUUUGUUUUGUUUUGUUUUCAUUUUUUUUUCCCUUAUUUGAAGUUUGCUGUGUUUGUAACCAGUGUGUGUUGAGAAGGACCAAUGCCAGCUCCUUGCGAGUGGGGAGAGAAGGUUAAAGGGAGCAGUAGAAACUGACACCACACUGCCUUGGGGUAGAGAAGAGAAGGGAAAGCAGAAAUAACACAGAACAGCUGAUGAAAACAAAGAUAGGCAAGGAGAACAGAGUCCUGGGUAAGAAAGAAUCAACUCCAUGUAGCCUUUGUUAUGCCCCAUGUGCUCUUUGGAAUUUCCUUAACUGUAUACCACAGUGGGGAUUUAUUAAAUCAUCUCUAAAGCAGAUGGGCUAAAAGGGUGAACACAUUAACAAGCCAAAGGAAAACUGCAGUGAUUUUUUUUUUUUUUUGCUGUAUAUAAACUAGGGUUUAUAUAGCAGUGUGAAUGUACACAGCACUUUAUAAAACUAUUAGAUAAUGUCUCUGCCCAGAAAAUUUCACUCCCUGUCUACAGUGGAAUAGUAAUGAGAUGCAGUGAAUUUCUCCAUGUAUAAGAAAACUUAAACUACGUACUUCAUCUAGGUUUUGUGGAAGGGUAGAGGCAGCUUAACUGGAUGAAUACAUGUGGAUCUGGAAACAAUAAACUUUAGAUCCCUGGUAACCUGCAGAAAUUUUUGACAAUUUUUCUUCUUAACAGUUGAUCCAAUUGCCCAUUUCUAUGGAAUAAUGUCCUUUUUUUGCAGAGAUUGCUAUGAAUUCCUUUUCAUAAGCAUAAUGUAAGUGCUGAUUAUUUACUGAAAUAAUAACUUUCUAUUUUGUUGGGGUUUUUUGUUGUUUUUUUUUUAAAUGAACAAAAUUCAUGCAGUGAUUUGGUCUAGUAAUUAGAUGUAUCUCUCUGCUGCAGUUUUCCUUUAAGGUGGUGUGUACCAGUGCAAAACAGGCUAAACCAGGAGCUGUGGAACCAGAGUAUUGAGCCAUUCAGUCUUUUUCUGCCUUUUGGUACAAGCUGAUAUCUUUUAUAUUGAAGGAAAAUGGAACGCACCCCUUAACUGAACACACGCUUUUUCUGCACACCAGUGAAAUUGCUAGUGCAUUGCUAAGGACCUUUGAUAUUCACUGGUUUUAGGGGGCUCAAAGGACUUUUGACACUCUGGCCUGAGCUGUUUGAAGAAAUCUGUGUAGAGUUCCAUUUUAAAACCACCAAAAUCCACCUCUGUCACAAGAGGAAGUUUACAAUUUCUGUGUCUUUAACAGAAGUUUGAUUUACCUCAUAAUAUCUCUUUUUCCUUGUUUUCUUUGUACUCCUGAAAUGUAAGGCUGUUUCCCAGGGCUCCAGCUAACACUGCAGUCUGGGAGCCAGCUGCUAAAUGAUGUGUGUGGGUCAGACAUGAGGUCAGGACUUCGUGUUCUGCUCCAGCAGGAGGAGCACUAAACCCAUCAAACCUGAGAUCUCGGGUCUGAAUCCCCACUUGUGUGCCGUGAUCUGUUGGGAAUCUUGGGCAUUUCCAGGGACUGGGCCCCCUGGGAUCUCAAACCUCAGAAUUACAAGGCCUGAUAUGUAACACCUGAGGGGAGCCCUUUCCAGUUCUUAGAUUGAAAAUCAAACAGUUGAUGUCAAUCUGUCCGUAUUGAUGGCAGACAGAUAAAUCUGUCAGUAUUAUUUAAAUAAUUUUGUGGUGGCAAAGUUUCAAAGGCCAGAUUGCCAAAUUUCCCCGUUAUGCUGGCAUGUGGUACCCUUCUAUGUUAAUUAUUUGAAUCUCUCUAGAAACAUAAACAUACACUGAGGUGAACCAUGUACACUUGAAUUCUGCACCAUAGGAAAGAUGUGUCCUGAUUUUCUGAGAAAAGAGUGUUGGAGUGUGAAGGCCUCCAGGGUGUUAAUGGGAAUUUUUUAUAUAUAUAUAUAUAAAUUAUAUACUUUUCAAAAAAAGGAAAAAAAAAACCUUAAAAAAACAUAGUUGGGAGCAACUGCUCCAAGUGCAACCUGCUGUAACCAAGAAUGUUGUUUCUAUUUUUAUAGAAGUUUUAUACCGCUCCAGGGUGGAGAAUAUUUAUUACCUAAAUUAUUUCACUGGAAAAAAAAGGCCAGGGUUUUGUAGAAUCCUGAAUGUGAUUGUUUUACACACAUAAUGAUGUGUAUGAUUGAAACUACUGAUUUUCAGUGGCCUGUUUGCAGCCCAACAACUGCUAAAUGAGGAAGAUGAAUGCUGUGAACCAGUGGAGGAGAGCACUGUGCUCUGGGGUCUCUACAGUCACUCUUACCUUCUUUGCAUCCUACCCUACUGUACUAUCUAAGACCUUUGUCCUGUUUUUCUUUUAGCCUGAUGCUCUGGCCUCUUUACUAGUCAUUUCAGUUGCCCAAAAUUAGAUAUUUUAGCUUCUUCAUCCUAUACUGUGUCCUCAAUACUGUAACUUACAGAUCAAGCUUGGCAUUGUUGCAAACAGGUGUGACUCCUAGUAAUUUUAGGAGAUUCACCAGUUUACACUGUGGCUUAGUUUGAUCAGUGACUCCUCCCAGACAUAAUCACCUUAAGACACCUAACUUGGGCUAGCUCUUGUGCCUUACUGGCGUAACUAAGUAUUGCCAAAAAGAAAAAGAAAAUAAAUCUAUGCAGGUUGAAUUUUAAAAGAUGUUAUCCUCAGAUGGUUUGAAUCAAUGCAGUUCAGCUCUCUGAACGCAGUAGAGCUGCAUCAGUUUUCACCAGCUGAAGAUGUUGCCCUUUUUGUGUAUUUGUUUCAGAUUUCCCUUGGUGUAUCAAUGUGUAUGUUGCCAAAGUUAAUAAAUGUAUCAAGUUUGUGA